ACGGCUUCUUCUUUCAGAAAACAUAACGGAGAGAGAGAGAGAGAACACAACGAUACAGAAGAGAAGCGAAGGUCGCAGAGAGAAGAAACGCGCGGCCACAGAGAUUUCCCGGCGAAACGGGAACAGAUAAAUAAAGAUUUCAGUGAGAGCUUCUAGGGUUUUCUUCUCGAUUUGGCUUCUUUGACCUCGAUCUGUCCUCUUAUUCUUGAGAAAUUUUCCUUCUUUUUCACGUUCAUUCAUCUUCCUCCCAGCUCCAUUCGAGGGCUCUUGAUCCGUUUCUCUAGGUUUUCUUAUUACCCCCGGAACGGCGACAAACUUGGCGGUGGAUUCUGAAGCAUGAGUAUUGAUAUUCCCGGAAAAGGGGGAGAUUAGGGAAGCUUUGGGUAGAGAGAAAUUGGUUGGGUUUCCAUGAGCGAUGGGGGUGUCGCAUGCAUGCCUCUGGUGAAUAUCAUGGAAAAGCUUCCAAUUGUGGAGAAGACGCUUUGUGGAGGCAACAAUGAUACCAAGAGUGUUGGUACUUCGGAGAAUGGUCACACAUCCAUCUCAACUAAGCUCCCUGAGUCUCAGCCAGCUAAACCCUCAGCGUCUCAGCCAACUAAGAAGAAGAGAAUCGUUAAGGUAAUUCGUAAAGUGGUCGUGAGGAAGCCGAAGCAGCCGCAGAAACAACCACAGAAACAAUCAGAGGAGCAGUUGAAAGAGCAGACGCCGCAGGUAUUGCCACUCACUGGAGAAUCACAGCUGCAGACGAAAGCGCAGGAUGAGAAGAGUGAAUCUCUGCAGGGGAAAGGAGGAACUAAUGUUAAUAAAGAAGUGGAAAACGGUGGAGACUCUGGGCUUAAGGAUGAAGUGGAAGAAGGUGAAUUAGGUACGUUAAAGCCUCAUGGGGAUUUGGUUGGGGAUUUGGAGAACGGUGAAAUCGCGCCAGUGAAGCCAUUGCAGAGGAGUGAGAUCGAAAAGGGUGAGAUCGUUGGGGAGAGUUGGAAGAAAGAUGAAACUACGAAGGGGGAGUUGGGUUACCUGCAAUAUCAUAAAGGGUAUGUGGAGAGAAGGGAUUUUUCCGCAGAUAAGUACAGGAAAGGUGAUAAAGAAGAGAGAGAAUUCAGAUCAUGGAGAGAUCCCAGUGACGAAAUUGAGAAAGGGGAGUUCAUCCCAGACAGAUGGCAUAAGAUGGAUUCUGUAAAGGAUGAUCAUAGCUACAACAGAUCUCGUAGGAAUGGAGUAGACAGAGAGAAAACGUGGAAAUAUGAAUAUGAAUAUGAACGUACCCCGCCCGGUGGAAGGUUUGCGAAUGAGGAUAGCUAUCGCCGGAGAGACUUCAGAAGUGGUAACGACAGGGGUUCAAGGAUCAGUUCUAAAAUUGUAAUAGAUGAUAAGAACGAACACAACAAUCCCAAUAAUCUUGUAAAGGAGUACUCUUCUACUGUGAACAAAUUGAAGCGACAUGGAGCUGAACCAGGUAGCAUUGAGCGCAAACACUCCUAUGCUGAUUAUGGGGAUUAUGGGAGCUCCAAAUGUAGAAAAAUUUCUGAUGAUUAUUCCCGCUCUCUUCACUCAGACCACUAUUCACGUCACUCUGUUGAGAGACUGUACAAAGAUUCAUAUUCAUCUAAAACGUCAUCUCUGGAAAAGUAUCCUAGAAAGCAUCAAGACUCAUCUUUUCCUGCCAGGGCUUUCUCAGACAGACAUGGACACAGCCCUGUACGGUCGGACCGGUCCCCACACGACCGGUCUAGAUACCAUGAAUACAGGGAUAGAAGUCCUGUCCAUCAGGAGAGGUCUCCAUAUACCCGGGAGAGAUCGCCAUACGUCUUUGAGAAGGCUUCACAUGCUCGUAAAAGGUCUCCACGUGACCUCAGCCGUCACCAUGAUUAUAGAAGAAGUCCAAGUUACUCUGAGUGGUCACCUCAUGAUCGCUCUAGGCCCAGUGAUCGCAGGGACUGCACUCCUAAUUAUAUGGAAGAUCCCCAAAGCGAUCGUAACAGGCGUAAUGGCUACAGAGAAAUAAGUAGAAAAAGUGGAGUAAGGGAGCGGAGGGAUUCUCAGACUGGUAUGGAGCUUGAGAAUAAGCACAGAAAUAAGGAUUCUAAUGGAAAAGAGUCGACCUCAUCAAGCAAAGAAUUGCAAGGUAAAAACACUUUGUACAACAAUAAACCGGUGGUUGAGAAAAAUUCUGUCUGUUAUCCAUCCAAGAUUCCAAGUCCGUCUGGAAAGGGAAAAGAGUCUGUGCAAGGUUGUGAAGCCUCUACCGAAGAGUUGCCAUCAAUGGAGGUAGAUAUGGACAUUUGUGACACACCACCUCAUGAGCCUAUGGCUGUUGACUCAUCCACGGGGAAGUGGUUUUAUCUUGAUUACUAUGGCAUGGAACAUGGGCCUGCAAAAUUAUCCGAGCUCAAAGCUCUUAUGGAGCAAGGCAUUCUUUUCUCUGAUCAUAUGAUUAAACAUUCAGAUAAGAAUAGGUGGGUCACUAUUGAAAACGCAACAUCUCCUGUGAUGAACAUGAAUUUUCCGUCGGUCGUGUCAGAUGCAGUGACACAGCUCGUCAAUCCCCCUGAAGCGCCUGGUAAUUUAUUAGAAGACACUGCAGAUGCUGGCGAAGCAGUUUCUAUGGAGCAAGAAGCUGGAGAUUCGUUGCCUGAUUCAGUGUCCAUGCUAGAUUCUAAUGAACUUUUAGUAGAACAUUAUGAAAAUUUCCAGAUUGAUAAGAGGAUCGCGAGUCUCGUGGAGGGUUCUACUAUCACCCCUGGCAGGGAAUAUGAAACACUUGGAGAAGCUCUGCAGGUUAAAGUUGAGCUUGAAGAGAUUGGAAAGUUUGUGCCUUCUGAAGAUAUCACAUGGUGUCGCCAUCCAAUGGACAAACCGUGGGAUCUAUUGGAUGAGGAGUUGUCGGAAGGUUCCGAGCUCACAACAAAGGCGAUCGAAGAGUUUCAGUCAGACAAUGUUGAUAGUUUUGAGAACGAUGAGACAGGCAGCUGGUUUUCAGGUCGUUGGUCUUGCAAAGGCGGGGACUGGAUAAGAAACGAUGAAGCUUCUCAAGAUGGAUAUUACAAAAAGAAAAUGGUUCUGAAUGAUGGUUUCCCAUUGUGCCUGAUGCAGAAGUCUGGUAAUGAGGAUCCUCGGUGGCAGCACAAGGAAGAUUUAUAUUAUCCUCUCUGUAGCUCUAGGCUUGAACUUCCCCUGUGGGCUUUUUCUGGUGUAGAUGAGAGAAAUCAGGCGAGGGGAGUAAAGGCUAGUGUUCUGUCUGUAGUCAGGCUUAACUCAUUGGUCAUUAAUGAUCAAGUUUCAUCAGUUCCUGAUCCUCGUGUAAAAGUUCGUGGUAGGGAAAAGUGCUCUUCAAGGCCUGCUCGUCCAUCCCCUGCAUCUAGUGAUUCCAAGAGGGAAUCAGUCGAAAGUCAUUCUCAAUCAACAGCUUGCGGUAGUCAAGAUUUGGAGGGAUUUUGGAAAACCGAAAACUCUGUUAACACCCCUAGGGAUCGUCUGUGUACAGUCGAUGAUUUGCAAUUGCAUUUAGGUGAUUGGUUCUACAUGGAUGGUGCUGGGCAAGAACAAGGACCUCUGCCAUUUUCGGAACUCCAGAUAUUGGUGGAUAAAGGUUUCAUAAAGAGCCACAGUAGUGUCUUUAGAAAAUCUGAUAAAAUCUGGGUCCCUGUUACGUCUAUCACAAAAGCUCCUGAAACCAUUGCCAAGCUUCAGGUGAAAACACCAGCUCUGUCUUCAGAUUCUCAAGGCCUUGUUGUCUCAGAGUCGCAGGAUUUCAAGCAUUCUGAAAUGGACACAAGUCUAAGCUCGUUCCAUGGAAUGCACCCUCAGUUUCUUGGUUAUUUCCGUGGGAAACUGCAUCAAUUGGUUAUGAAAACAUUCAAGAGUCGGGAGUUUUCUGCUGCCAUAAACGAUGUAUUAGACUCUUGGAUCCAUGCAAGACAGCCAAAGAAAGAGACUGACAAGUACAUGUACCCCUCUUCAGAAUUUGAUUCGUGCUAUACGAAAAGAGCUCGAUUGACAGCUGGUGAAAGUGGAGAAGAUUCUGAAGUGAAAGAUGCGCAAAUGUUUCAGAAGGAUGAGUUGGCAUUUGAGGAUUUAUGUGGGGACGCUACCUUCCAUGUUGAAGGAAGUGGAUCUUCUGGCACCGUGGGAAUUUACUGGGGUCUGUUGGAUGGUCAUGUAUUAGCACGGGUGUUUCAUUUGUUGAGAUAUGAUGUAAAAUCACUUGCAUUGGCUUCCAUGACUUGUAGACAUUGGAAGGCCACUGUCAAUUCAUACAAGGAUAUUUCAAGACAAGUUGACUUAUCUUCUUUGGGUCCCAAAUGCACAGAUUCUAGGCUCUGGAGUAUCAUGAACACUUACAACACGGAGAAGAUAGACUCUAUAAUAUUGGUUGGUUGUACAGACGUGUCUUCCAGCAUGCUUGAAGAAAUUCUUCGUUUAUUUCCCCAUAUAUCUUCUGUAGACAUCACAGGCUGCUCCCAGUUUGGAGAUUUGACAUUGAACUAUAAAAACGUAAGUUGGCUCAGAUGCCAGCAUCCUCAACCAGGUGAAUUACAUUCCAGAUUAAGGAGUCUGAAACAGAAUACAGAUGUUGCUAAGUCGAAGGGCUUAGUGGGCGAUACAGAUGAUUUUGGUAACCUCAAGGAUUACUUUGAUCGAGUCGAAAAGCGAGACUCAGCCAAUCAGUUAUUCCGAAGAAGCUUAUACAAACGCUCAAAAUUGUAUGAUGCAAGGAGAUCAUCGGCGAUUCUAUCCAGGGAUGCUCGUAUCAGGCGAUGGGCGAUUAAAAAGUCAGAACACGGGUAUAAGCGAGUGGAAGAUUUCCUUGCUUCAAGCCUUAGGGGCAUCAUGAAACAGAAUACUUUUGACUUCUUUGCUUUAAAGGUUGCUCAAAUUGAAGAUAAGAUGAAAAACGGUUACUACGUUAGUCAUGGUUUGAGAUCUGUCAAGGAGGAUAUUAGCCGGAUGUGCAGGGAAGCAAUGAAAGGGAGGAAUCGGGGAGGCUCCAAAGACAUGAACCGAAUCAUCGAAUUGUUUAUUCAACUUGCCACCCGUUUGGAAGAGGUCUCUACGGUCACCUCUUCAUAUAGAAGAGAUGAAUUAAUGAAGUCAUGGCAAGAUGGCUCAGGGCUCUCAUCAGCCUCUAAGUACAACAAGAAGUUGAGCAAAACAGUAACUGAGAAGAAGUACAUGAGCAGGACUAGUGAUGCAUUUGGUGUAAAUGGUGCUUUGGACUACGGAGAAUAUGCAUCUGACCGAGAAAUCAAAAGGCGUUUGUCUAAACUGAAUCGUAAAUCGUUUGGUUCGGGAAGUGAAACAUCGUCCGAGCUCUCUGACAAUGGCAAGAGUGACAAUUAUAGUUCAGCAUCAGAAAGUGAAUCAGAUAUCCGUUCAGAAGGUCGAUCACAGGACUUACGCGUCGAAAGAUACUUCACGGCAGACGAAUCUUUUGAUUCUAUGACCGAAGAGCGUGAAUGGGGUGCACGUAUGACGAAAGCUAGUCUUGUGCCACCAGUCACUAGGAAAUAUGAAGUAAUUGAAGCGUACGCAAUUGUCGCGGACGAGGAGGAGGUACAACGGAAGAUGCGAGUUUCUUUGCCAGAGGACUAUGGUGAGAAGCUUAAUGCACAAAAAAAUGGCACAGAAGAGUUAGAUAUGGAACUACCUGAAGUCAAGGAGUAUAAACCAAGAAAGCUUCUUGGCGAUGAGGUUUUAGAGCAAGAGGUCUAUGGAAUCGAUCCUUACACCCAUAACCUCUUACUUGAUUCUAUGCCCGGAGACUUGGAUUGGUCACUGCAGGAUAAACAUUCAUUUAUAGAAGAUGUAGUCUUACGUACCCUGAACAGACAAGCUAGGUUAUUCACUGGAACUGGAAACACCCCCAUGGUAUUCCCUCUAAGGCCUGUGAUUGAAGAGCUCAAAGAGAGUGCUCGUGAAGAGUGUGAUAUACGAACACUGAGGAUGUGUCAAGGCGUCUUAAAAGCUAUAGAAAGUCGUUCUGAUGAUAAUUAUGUUUCUUAUCGGAAGGGCCUCGGUGUUGUGUGCAACAAACAAGGUGGUUUUGUAGAAGAAGAUUUUGUUGUUGAAUUUCUUGGAGAGGUUUAUCCUGUUUGGAAGUGGUUCGAGAAGCAAGAUGGAAUUCGUUCCUUGCAGGAAAACAAAACUGAUCCUGCACCAGAGUUCUACAAUAUAUAUCUUGAGAGACCAAAGGGUGAUGCCGAUGGAUAUGAUUUAGUUGUUGUUGAUGCCAUGCACAAGGCUAAUUAUGCAAGUCGAAUUUGUCACUCUUGUCGACCUAACUGUGAAGCAAAGGUUACUUCGGUGGAUGGACACUACCAGAUUGGCAUCUAUUCAGUACGUUCUAUUGAAUAUGGCGAGGAGAUAACGUUUGAUUAUAAUUCUGUAACUGAGAGUAAGGAAGAAUAUGAAGCGUCUGUUUGCUUGUGUGGUAGCCAAGUAUGCCGAGGCAGCUACUUGAAUCUCACUGGUGAAGGUGCAUUUCAGAAGGUGUUGAAGGAAUGGCAUGGUCUGCUGGAUCGACACAGACUGAUGCUAGAAGCUUGUAUACUAAAUUCAGUUUCAGAAGAAGAUUAUCUUGAGUUGGGAAGAGCUGGACUGGGAAGUUGUUUGCUCGGUGGGCUGCCAGAUUGGGUGGUUGCGUAUUCUGCUCGUCUGGUGCGGUUCAUCAAUUUCGAGAGAACUAAGCUUCCAGAGGAAAUUCUUAAGCAUAAUCUGGAAGAAAAGAGAAAAUAUUUCUCAGAUAUACACCUUGAUGUUGAGAAAAGUGAUGCUGAAGUUCAGGCUGAGGGUGUCUACAAUCAGAGGCUUCAAAAUCUGGCUGUUACACUUGACAAGGUAAGAUAUGUUAUGAGACGUGUGUUUGGGGAUCCAAAGAACGCUCCUCCUCCGCUGGAGAGGCUUACUCCUGAAGAAACAGUCUCUUUUUUAUGGAACGGGGAUGGCUCUUUAGUUGAUGAGCUUCUUCAGUGCCUGUCACCGCACGUGGAAGAAGGCAUUCUUAAUGAACUCAAAUCCAAGAUUCGUGCCCAUGAUCCAUCUGGAUCUGCUGAUGUCCCUAAGGAACUUCAGCGAUCAUUACUUUGGUUGAGAGAUGAGAUCCGAGAUCUCCCUUGUACAUACAAGUGUCGGAAUGAUGCUGCAGCUGAUUUAAUUCACAUUUAUGCCUAUACAAAGUGCUUUUUCAAAGUUCGGGAAUACAAGUCCUUUAUCUCUUCUCCUGUAUACAUUAGCCCGUUAGAUUUGGGAGCCAAGUAUGCUGACAAGUUAGGUGAGGGUAUAAAGGAGUACCGGAAGACUUAUGGCGAGAACUAUUGUCUCGGGCAGCUAAUUUACUGGUACGAACAGACGAAUACUGAUCCAGAUCUUACACUGGUGAAAGCAACCAGAGGUUGCUUGUCUUUACCCGAGGUUGCUUCCUUCUACGCAAAGGCCCAGAAACCAUCGAAGCAUCGUGUUUAUGGCCCAAAGACGGUGAAGACAAUGGUUUCACAGAUGUCUAAGCAGCCUCAAAAACCGUGGGCAAAGGAUAAGAUAUGGAUGUUCAAAAGCUCACCGGGAGUAUUUGGAAGCCCGAUGUUCGAUGCCGUCAUGAAUAACUCGUCACUAGAUAGAGAACUGUUGCAGUGGCUAAGAAACAGAAGACAUGUCUUUCAAGCGACAUGGGAUAGUUAGGUAAAGAGGGGGAAACUUUAUAAUAUUCAGAAGGUUUCCCCUUUUGGGAAAGCGAGCAGCCAGGGCAACAGACACAGUUACUAUAAAUAGUCUAUUAUAUCCAUGACCAAAGCAAGUGAGCCUCAGCUUUCCCCCACAUUCUUGUGUAUAGGUUCUGCCAUAUAUGUGAUUUUGGAAAAUUGGCAAUAACUUUGGGUUAUUGUUACUCUCGUUAGAUUAGGCUCACAUAAUUUUCAGAGAGGAGAAUCAUUUGACUAGGUUGUAUCUCUUCUUCUUUUUUUGUUACCUCAGUAAUAAUAGUUCUCGUGUUCUUGUUCCUAAAAUCUAUCAAAGCUUGGCACAAAAAAAAAGGAAAGAGGAGAAAAAGAACAUGAGUAUAAAUAGAUGUUGUUUGUUA